CUCUCUCUCUCACACACACACACAGGCUGAAGAAAACUGAGGGAGCAGGAGAGAGAGAGAGAGGAUGGUCAGUGUGGCGGCUUGCAACACUGUCUAGAGCCUAGCCUUCUUUUUUUAAAUCUUAAUUAAAUUUGUGGACUCCAAAGGGAGGAGAGAAAGCCCUGUCCCUUCCCCCUUGCCUCAGCCACGGGAAGCACCCACACGGACUGAGCACAGGGCUAGGCCACAAGUCAUUAGUGCUCGGUGGGAAAGAACUGACAAAAGACUGGAGUGAGUGCUUAGAGUAGCUCCACUGACUUCUGAGGGGUGGAAAGGAGGCUUUUUUGGAUUUCUACCUCAUCUGUGCUCUCUAAUUUUGGAGGGUCUGAAUCAGAGACUGGUCUAGCCACAACGACCGAUGAUAUUGCUACAGCCUAGCCCUCUGCAACAACAAACAAGGAAGAGAGGGCACUUCCUUGAGCUAAAGAUCAUUUUGAAGAGAGCGAGAGAGACUGGUUGAUUUAGUUAAACAGAGGGGGUAGAUGUAACCACAGCUGAGACGUGAUAGUGGUUUUCUGUGUGCCUUGAUGAUAUUGCCACAGAGUGAGCUGUGAAACAUCAAGUUGUUUUGCUAAUGGUGACCUGGAAGAGCUCUUUGUCAACCAGAACGUUGUUGGUGCUCUGAGGAUGGCUGGUAAACCCGUCUCUUGCCUCGCUCUGUCUGUACCCUCACUCCCGCCGUGGCUGUAAGAGUGAUCUAGCAAAAACAAGACAUUGACAUUUUAUAUGAGUGUACUUCCCAAGGUUCUGUUUCGUGGCUGAAGCGGUAACAAUUCGACUUCUAUAAGACAGCCGUCGGAGGACAUGGGCCAAAGGAAAAAACACACAAAAAGGGUGAAUAACUGAAAAAGGAGAAAGAAAAACAGGGGCCAUUGGAAGCCACAGGCAUGCAAAACAAAAGUUUCUAAAGUGAAAGGCUUAACUAUUUCCGGAUCAUAGUGUAAGGGGAGGAGACAAAACAGCUCUAUUGUUUUUUGGGGGGAGGACAAACAUUCUACAACAUUUAUACUGUUCUAUAAAUUAAAAGAGGGUGUGGGUAUUUUUCAGGCAGACUAUUUUAGUUUCCAACACACUUUAAGGACCAAAAAGCCAAACAAAUUAUUAAAUGAGAAGACAGAGAACCUUCAAAUAUUGAACUCUGAACAGCGGAGCACAAAAGAAAGUCAAAGUUUAGACGGCAGCUACCGAAAGCUUUGGCUGUCUCCCAUUCCUUCUGUGGUCUGCUAAUCAAACAAUGGCCAUGGUGAGUGGGGGCUGGGGAGAUCCCAACGGGGGCACCAACGGGCUGGGGGAGAAGGGCUAUCUGAGGGGAGAGGAGGAGGACGGUUCGCCCCAGGCAGGGGGCAGUGACAUGGAGGCUGGGGACGAGGACAAGGCAUGUGUGGUGGACUGUGUGGUGUGUGGGGACAAGUCCAGUGGGAAGCACUACGGUGUGUUCACCUGCGAGGGCUGCAAGAGCUUCUUCAAGAGAAGCAUCCGUCGCAACCUCAACUAUACCUGCAGGUCAAAUCGAGAGUGCCAGAUCGACCAACAUCAUCGUAACCAGUGCCAGUACUGUCGCCUGGAGAAGUGCUUUCGUGUAGGAAUGCGCAAAGAAGCAGUUCAGCGCGGACGUAUCCCCCCCUCACACUCCAGCCUCAGCCCCACGGGCACCCCAGUAGGUGGCGGUAGUGGUGUAGGAGGGGCUGAUUUCUACAACAACAAUGGUGGGCAGCCCGUGUCAGAGCUAAUCUCCCAGCUGCUCCGUGCCGAGCCCUACCCCAGCAGCCGCUACGGCCACCAGUACAACCAACAGGGCCAGGCCACCGGCGCAGGCGGGGCCGUCAUGGGCAUCGACAACAUCUGCGAGCUGGCAGCUAGGCUGCUCUUCAGCACCAUUGAGUGGGCCAGGAACAUCCCCUACUUCCCAGAGCUGCCUGUGUCAGAGCAGGUAGCUCUCCUCAGGUUGAGCUGGAGCGAGUUGUUCAUCCUGAACGCAGCCCAGUCCGCCCUGCCCCUCCACAUGGCCCCACUGCUGGCCGCUGCGGGUUUCCACUCCUCACCCAUGUCGGCCGAGCGGGUGGUCUCCUUCAUGGACCAAGUGAGGGUGUUCCAGAACCAGGUGGAAAAGCUGAGCCGGCUCCAGGUGGACUCUGCCGAGUACAGCUGUCUUAAGGCCAUCGUCCUCUUCUCGCCAGAUGCGUGUGGCCUGACAGACCCAGCCCAUGUGGAGUCUCUGCAGGAGAAGGCCCAGGUGGCUCUGACAGAGUACGAGCGGAUGCAGUACCCAGGUCAGCCCCAGCGCUUCGGCCGCCUGCUCCUCCGCCUGCCCGCCCUCCGCGCGGUGCCCGCCAACCUCAUCUCCCAGCUCUUCUUCAUGCGUCUGGUGGGCAAGACGCCCAUCGAGACUCUCAUCCGCGACAUGCAGCUCUCCGGAAGCUCUAUCAGCUGGCCCUACGUCCCUGGACAGUAACCCCGAAAGGAAGUCUCCGUCUGGGCAGUGACGACAAGGACCACAGGUUCCUCUGACUCAUCCAUCUGUGUGAUCCUAUGCUAGCACCAGCUGGACAUCAUACAAGUUGCACUGCCUCCAUGAACUGAGCUCUCCAUACCAGCCUAGCGCCAGCUGGGUCUAUUGCCAGCACACUGGUGCCAACACACCUACUGUGCGCCAUUAUGGCAACCUGAGUCAGCUAUGCCAUGCCAGUCAGCUAAUGUCCUGCCAAUAGAGGUCACUGGAACCAUGCCUCAUUUUCCACAUCUCAUUGCCUUUGGUGCAAAGACUUUCAACAUCAACAUCAAACCAAGUUGGAGAUCACUCUUGGUGAAAUUCUGGAGAAUUCUGGUAGAAAAGCUUUAUAUAUGCAAACACAGAAGUGGUAGAGGAAAUGGAACUGGGACAAGACAUUUCACCCGAAUCUUCAUCAUCCACUGAAAUUUCACUCAAAACGUAAUUGUCCUUAAAGCUAGAAUCCUUACUUGCUACAUCCAUUUUUUGACUUAUAAAUGAAUUAUAUAUACCCAUUUAUUAUUGAAGAAUAUAACUUAUAAAUAACUUAUAGUCUCAAAACAUCAUUUAAACUACAUUGUUAAAUGUACCUACAGUAUCUCCAAGCCCAUUCCGCGCAGCUUUUUACCAAAACAGAGGCGGGUGCCUGCUUUGUUAUUGUUUCAAUUAAGGAUUCUAGCUUUAAAGAGGUUACAGAUAUGACAUUUGAACUACUAAAUCAGCCAGGCAGAUAAAGUGGAGAGACUUACAGAGGGACUCAAUGAUAGUUUCCAUGUACCACUCAUAGGGCUCUUACUUGUUGUACUGGGCAACUUUUCAAACUCCACAGUCACACAAAUAUGGAUCGAUACCUCACAAGACAGCAGAAUGCUAUGGACGGAUUUCUUCUAAAGGCAACCUCUCUGUCAUUGUACAAUGGUUCACCACAGACUGCCUUCUUUUCAACAACUGCCUUUUCAAUAUGAAUUCGGACACUGCAGUAUGAGUAGAUCAUUCAACUGGACAUAUUCUUUAAGAUUAACGCAGUUUUUUUAAAUAUACGGACUGAUAUUUAAACUACACCUGAAGAUGAUGAAUGCAGCUGAUGUGAGUGACAGGCUGAUUGUUGAAACAAGGCUGUUCUCAAGUGACAAAAAAAAGUAUUUAAUCAAAAAAGGUUGUGGCCAAAUGGUUUCCCUGUGACAUAUCACCAUGCUGAAAGGUUGUGGCCAAACGGUUCACCUAUGACCUGCUGGUAGUUGGUACUUUCAAAAUGCAGAGAAAUCGCAUCAAAACUAAUUUUAAGUGUUAAGAAGUGUAUAUACUGUAGAUUUAGGGAACCAAACGGUUGUCCUGCUGCAUGUCACAAUUUAGUUAUUGAUCUGUGUUUCAUCUCUACGAAAUGGGAUUAGAAGGUAAAGUUCUUUUUUUUUAUGUUGAGUUCACAGUUUCUUUUUUAAAACAUGAACAUUUUCAUGUGAAAAUACCUCUACCAUUCCUCGAGAUGUGUCAAAAAGAUGUGAUUCUCCAUAGCGGUGAAAAUGACACUACACUGGUGCAGAACAAGAGGCUACCCCUGAGCCAAUUGUAUUGCCACCACAAAGCAAUGCAUUCCACUAGCUCAAUGCAGAACACUUAGGCAAUAUGGGAGUUUGUUGUCAUGGCUGUUUGGUGAUGUGACUGCUGCAGCCAAAAUGACAAGGUGAGUGUGUGGAUCGUUUCUUUCCUUAGUUGUGUCAGUUACCGCCAUAAGAAUGUCAGUUAGAUGUGGGCAAUAUGUUUUGUACUCACAAGCUAAUAAGAGAUGAAAUUUGUGAUUUGUAUAUACACUAGAUGAGUUUUGGGGUGAUGUGUUGGAAGCCACCCUGCCUCCAUCUUGGCACUCCCCCACCUUGUAAAAAAUAUUUUGGAAGCUAUAGAAAUGCAUUUAUUAAUGUCUACGUUCGUUUUUGCCACAUUGAUUCCAUUACAGACACCUUAAUUCAUGCUUUUAAAUUAUAUUAUGUGAGGUAAGCAAAAAUAAAAAAUGGAAAAAAUAGAUCAACAUUUUUUUAGUAUAAUUUUUUGAGAUGACUAAUGUUACCAUCCCUACUAGAACAAACAAUACUUAACUAUAUGUAAUUUUGUCAUUGAAACUUGUAGAAUUCCAUUCAUUCCUAUGGAGGACUGCUCCUACUGGGGAGUACCAGUACGUAUGUAUAGGCUUUCAUCAAAGAGAAACUACUGUAAAUGUUGUUGUUUUUUUUUACAAAUGUCGGCAAAGAAUGUGUUGCAUGAUCACAUUGCAAAACAUUAUAUUGUAGAAUAAUUUAGAAUAUUUAAUUACAAAAAAUAUGUUAAUUGUUAUUCUUCAUUAAAAACACUAAAGAGAGAAUAUUAGACAGCACAAUAACGUGCAAAAGGUAAUGCACACAUUUUGUAGAAUAGGUGAAAACAGCCUCAUUUCAAUCUACCUAUUGUAAAUCAUUUCCCAAGAAAGAACCAUUACACUGUUGCAUCUUGCACCAGCGUGAGGCGACAUCAGACAAAGUUACAACUGUUCGUGCUCUUUACCUGUUGUCACCAUCAUACGAUAUUCCUUGAGAGCAUGAGUUGGUGUCUUUUGUCGAGCUGCUGGAAAAUAUAGGGUAGUGUUUAAUCCUUAAUGUACAGAAACAUGAGGUAUGCCCUCCUAAUGCAGUUUUCACUCACCCGCUUCAGGUCCUUUAGUCCGGUUGUAUUCAUCAGCCACUCCCUGAGAUGUAGAGGAGAAUGCUAAAACAUACUACUACAAUCUUAGAAAAAAAGGUUCCAAAAGGCUUCUUUGGCUGUCCCCAUAGGAGAACCCUUUUUGGUUCCAGUUAGAACUCUUUUGGGUUCCAUGUAGAAGCCUCUGGGGUAAGGGUUCUACAUGGAAUCCAAUAGGGUUCUACCUGGAACCAAAAUGGUUCUACCAGGAACCAAAAAAUUGUUUUCAAAGGGUUCUCCUAUGGGGACAGCUGAAGAACAUUUUUAGGUUUUAGAUAGCACCUUUUUUUCCAAGAGUGUACUCAAAAGGGUGUUAUUCAUAAAAGUUAGACAGUUUUUCCACAAUUGUAGAGGAAACAUCACACAAAUAAAUGUUUGAACUCAUAGGGCUGGUGAUCGGGGCUUUUUAUUAUUUGCGUAUCAUUUAGCUGAUUCCUAAAGCUAAGGAGAAAGGUUAAAAUACCACCUGCUCCUUAGUAGUACAAAUUCUAGGUGAAAAUAUUGACUCCUUUUACUGUUUUUAUUUUUAUCAUCUAAUUUUGGACUCAAAAAGUAGUUACAAAUAUAUUUUUUAAAGUAA